CCUCUUCUUCUCUCUCUCCUCCAGCUGGAGCUCCAGUCAUGCUGUGUGUUCCUCCCCAACGACAGCCUCCCUUCUCCCAGCACCAUUAUCUGUGGCGACAUCCCUGGUACUGUCCGUAGCUGGUACCACAACCAGGCCACCAUGCCUGGGACUCUGGUAGUCUGUCUGCCCCAGAUCACUGUCCUGUCUGCUGGACACAAAUACAUGGAGCCCCUGCAGGACCUGCCCUUCAUGGUGUCCAGGACUGUACUGGAGGAAGGUGAUGCCUUCCCCUGGACACUGACCCUGAGUCAGUUCAGUGUCUAUACCCUAUUGGGUCAGCAGCGGUCUCUGAGUCUCCUCCAACCAAUGGGCUGCACCUCCACCCUGGCCGUCACCUCCCACAAGCUGCAGGCUGCGGGUCCCGACGGACGACACGCCUUCAUCGUCUGUCUUCACGUGGACCUGGAACCUCUGAGCAUCAAGAUCUCCAACCCCCAGGUCCAGUUGCUGUAUGAGUUGUUCCUGUCCUGGAGUUCAACGUGGACCCGUCUGGAGAAGAGGGUCGUCCUGCGUCAGACCUCCACUAUCCCAGAACCCCCCACUGGGCCGUCGCCCUCCUCCCCCGUCCGCUCCAGCGCCGGUACCGUUCUCCCAGACACCAGCACCUGCUCCCCCUCCACUGAGCUUGGAUCCCCCACCGAGGGCGACUCUGUUCCGGCCGGUGACGACUCUCCGUUCUCCGCAGCGGUAACCUUAGAGCAGAAGACCAACAGUAUAGGAGGCGCCAGCGGAAAGGUCAGCCUCUGGAUGCAGUGGAUGGUGACUAGAGUCACCGUCAAACUGUUCGCUCCCGACCCCAACGCCAAAAACACAGAGAUCUGUGUGAUCAGUGAGGCUGAGGAUAUCAGUGCAUCAGUGGAUGUUCAGGAUGUUUACACCAAGAUCAAAUGUAAAGUGGGCAGCUUCAACAUGGACCAGUACCAGACCAGUCCAGAGGAGGGGUCUGGUCUUGCAGUAGGCCGCUGUGGAGGAGUUGUCCUGUCUUGUACUGAUAAGCUGAAUAGACGCACAGUGUUGGUUCGACCCGUCAGCAAACAGGACUCCUUCAGCCACCUCUCUGGCUUCGUUCCGCCUACAGCAGCCAAGGUCCUGGAGGUUUCCUCUCACCAGCAGCACGGAUUCCUGUCCAUCACUUACACCCAGGCGGUCACCAGAAACGUCCGCCACAAGCUGACCACGCGUCUGGAACGAUCGGGGUCUCGCGGGGCCCAGCGGCUAGCGGAGGGCCCGGCUGACGGGUCUCCCCACUACCUGAGAGAGGUCCUGUUGACCGCCCGACCUUUCGACCUGGUUCUCUCCUGCCCCUUACUGGCCACCGUAGCCGGGGUGUUCCACGCCUCGCUGCCACGACGAUACCGGGACCUCGGCAAAACGGCGGGCCAGCCGAUGAGAAGUCACGCCCUGACGUCGCGCAGCCUGCCGCUGCUAUACGUCAACACAUCAGUGAUCAGGGUGUUUUGUCCCGGGAACCAGGACAGACAGGACAGACAGGACAGACAGGACAGACACACAGAACCCCACCUGAGGAGAGAGAGAGAGGACACUCUGGUACUGAAGAUAGGAUCUGUCAGCAUGGCUCCUCAGGCAGAUAACCCUCUGACCAGAACCGUGCUGCGCAACGACAUCUACCAGCGAGCGUUGAACAUGGGCAUCCUGCGUGACCCGGGGUCGGAGGUGGAGGACCGUCAGUACCAGCUGGACCUGCAGUCCAUCAACAUCGGUACCGCCCAAUGGGAGCAGCUCAAACCAGAGAAGGAGGGGUCUAAAGGGGGCGUGUCCACCGAGACAGAGAGGAACUCACAGAACCCUGCCCUGGAAUGGAACAUGGCCAGCAGUAUCAGGAGACACCAGGAGAGAAGAGCCAUCCUAACCCCCAUCCUGACUGACUUCUCUGUCAGAGUGACAGCAGCACCUGCCAUCAUAUUCAGCAAGCCCAGAUCCCCUGACAACAGACAAGUGGAGGAAGUGAUGGUGUGUGGUCACUCCCUGGAGGUGAAUGUAACAUCUAGUCUGGAGUUCUACCUCAGUGUGGCCCAGGUCCACCUGCUGCAGCGGCUGUUCCAAGCCAACAUGGUGGAAGGACAGGCCCCAGAGAAGACCAGCCAGGUGAGAGACAGAGAGAGAGAGAGAGAUAGUCACAUCCGUACUCAGGUAAACAAAGUCUUCUGUGUCCCAUUGCUGGGCAAGUUAGACUCCGAACGUGUCAUAUGCAAACCAACAACAGGUGAAGAGGUCAAAGUAACACAGCAAGGGGGGUCACAGGGGGGGUCACAGGGGGGUCACAGCAUCCUUGUUAUCACUGACAUGUUCCUAUACUGCCAGAAACAAAUAUCCUCUGUUUCCUGCUAUUCUAAUGUGUUGUCCUGAUCUUAUCUCUGAGAUUCACAGCUUCACUUGUCCCAAAUCAAAUCGCAUAUUCGUCACGUGCUUCAUAAACAACAGGGUGUAGACUAACAGCGAAAUAGUUACUUAUGAGUCGUUCCCAACAACGUAGAGAGAAAUACAAUAGAGAAAUAA